CUUGAAUUCUCCGAGGCAUGGACGCCACCCGCUUGCAGUUCCAGCAGGAUGACCCCACCGUGCUGGGGCUGCUCUUGGAGCACCGGGAAAAGAAAGCCUCCGACCCCAGGAUAUGGUCUACGCACUCCUGGGCGUGCUGGGCAAGAUGGCCGCGGAAUUCCUGCCCGAGAACUUUGUUGACUACUCUCGGUCGAGCAGGUCUACAUCCGGACGGCACAUCAAAUUCUCGAUACGGGCCUUCUCUCUUGUUAGCUCACUUACCACAGAGGAUGUAGUUAUACAGUUUUCCAGAAGCUAUUCUCGGCGGCUGACGACGGCAGCUCGAUGGAGAACAGACCGCGGUCCCUUCCGUCUUGGGUUCCCGAUCUGACUGGACUUUGGCAAAGGACGUCUCGCUACUGCCCCCAAACAUUGCCGGAGGGGGGAUGGCACACAAACAUUUCGAAAUUGGUCUCGAAGAUGUCGAUGUUCUGGAAGAUGACCCGCGCCCAUGGUACGCAGUGGCUGACGGCCCUCCGAUUCUGGACUGUCUCGGCCAUAGGUCCUUGUUCACCGUUCAAGCCGUCAGCCCAGUGUUUCCUCCGGCUUCGACCAUCGAUUCCUACUUACUGGAGAGGUUUGGAGCGGUCAUUCUGUACCCGAGUGGUCAGGGGAGGCUUCGGAGGACUUACUGGAUUCCACAGAACGUCCUAGCGACGCCUUGAUUGGUCUCUUCGCCCGCUGUCCUGAAACUAGCAUGACUAAAACUAACGCUAUAUCUAUGCGAAGAUAGAGAGUGGAUGUCUGGGAGCAUUUAGGCUCGCAACUGCGGAUGGCGUGGGCCACGGUGCGGCUCAGUUGGGAUCGCCCAGACCGUGUCGACGAAGAAUAUUGCGAAAUGGUCAGCGUUUA